CCAGCCUCUGCCCGCUGUUACACAAGCAGAGGAGACUCGGUGGGGUACUGCUGUGUGUUGCCAAGGCGCACAGGCUUCCCUCCCCUCCCCCCUUCUGCGUGUAUCGUAAGACCCCUGGCAAUUUCCUUCAGUAUGCAAACGCAGUAGAAAGGGAUACCAAGAGUGGCCGUCGAAAUCCAGUUGCUCGCUUGUUGGCUUUGCCUGUAAAUGGGGGAAGUUGAGCCUGCGGAAGCACAAGAGUCAUAGAGAUUUGCUUGAAUUGUCUGGUCAAGGAUGUGGACUCAUGCUCUUGGCUUCACAGCCUUGCCCCAUCUUGGUGGAUUCCUUGGCUGGCUCAUUACCCGAAAGGAAGUGCCCACAUGGUAUGAAAGUCUGAAGAAACCUUCAUGGCGGCCACCUAAUAAAAUAUUCCCAGUUGCUUGGACUGCACUUUACACAAGCAUGGGCUAUGCUUCAUAUCUGGUGUGGUCGGACCUUGGUGGCUUCAACAGCAAAGCCAUUGUUCCACUGGGCCUUUAUGGAGCUCAGCUUGCUUUGAACUGGGCAUGGACUCCUAUAUUCUUUGGUGCACAUAACCUAACUCUGGCACUGCUAGAUAUUGUGGGUCUAUAUGGAUUAGUGUUGAGCACCAUGUAUUCCUGGUACCCUAUUAACAAGACCGCAACCAUGCUAAUGUUGCCUUACCUUGCCUGGCUGACCUUGGCUUCUUCUCUCACCUACUACAUAUGGAGAGACAACCCAGAAGAGGGAAAGAAGAAAGAAUGAGAGAAUUUGGCAAAAGGGAAGUCGUUUGGUAGAGCUGUUUGACUCUGACUCUGGUGUUAUGGAAGGGGGUUGAUUUUGUUGAUACUAAGGCAUUUUCCAUGUCAGUGUGGAGGGAUGGGGAAUCUAUUACAAAAUGCAGGGAUAUAGAUGAGCUUGCUAUACAUUUUAAAUCUGAAAAUUUCCCGCUCCUCAUAUAGGCAAAGGGAGCCCACCAUGCUCGGCUCUUCCCCUGGCCACGCUUCCACCCCCGCUACACCAGCGGCAGCAGAGGCUGGCGUCCUGGACAUGGGGGGUUGGGCGGCCACACACCGGUUGCAUUGCCUCUCAACUGGGGUGAGUGCCCCAGGGAGGGUGAAUCCACCAAUGUGGUGGUGUCCUCUUCCAAGAGCAGAUUCAGUCUCCCCCUCUUGGGACCUCCCAGGGAAAGAGAUGUUCACCUUCUUCCACGCACGUGCCUCCACAGAGCUUUAAAAAGUGAAUCAUUGUCAGUACACCUUGCCUUUUAUGUAGGUAAGAUUGUGCUCAAAUAUUUCAAGUAGUCAUGAAUGUCCUCAGUGGCAGCCUAUUUUUCUCAUUUGCAGUGGCGGCGGGGGGGGGGGGGGCUCCUACCUUUCAGCAACAUUUAGGACUGUCUCCUUUCCCAAUCAAUCUACAUGGCUUAGGUUUUGUAUUAAAAGCUUGUUUCAUUGCUGUCCUAUCAGAUUUAGGUUUAGAGUCUGAUCCUUCUGACUUGGUCAUUGGUGAGGAGUGUAACCCUGUUGCUUCCUCUAAAUUUCUCAGCAGCUUUUAAUAACCUUGACCAUAAUAUCUUUCUAGAUCAACUGGUCAGGCUGGGAAUUAGAGGCAAUCCGGUGGUACUGCUCUUACCUUGCAGGCCAGAAGAGACUGUUUGGGGACUGCUGUUAUGUACUGCAGCAUUUAUGUUAUAUUUCACAGGGCUCAGUUUUAUCCCCUAUGUUAUUCAAUGUAUACUAAGAGAGUGCCUGGAGACUUGGGGUCAGGUGUGAUCUCUACCUGAGCUAUGGAUAUGGAUGUUUUCACAGGUUCCUGGAGUCUCAGUGAAAGAGAGCUAAUAAGCUUGGGCCCUUUCUGCACGGCCAGCUUGUGGGGGUGCAUUGGCAUAGUUUAUGCUGAUGCACCCCCAUGGGACCAUUCGCACCGCCUGCAGAGCAGCCUUCGCACAAGCUGCGCCGCUUCCAAACGUUGCUUACCUCCUGUCUCCUUCUGUCGCAUUGUGGAGGCCAGGGGACACGCCCCCCCAGCCAGAACGACAACCCUGGAGUCGGAGGCCAGAAGGCAUGUCUCCUGUCCUCCACAACGCGAUGGAAGGAAACUGGAGGUAAGCAAUGUUUGGGAGGGCCGGGCGAGAAACGCCGGCUUUGACCGGUGCCGUUAACAUGGCACAGAAUGGAAGCUGGUGUUUGCUAAAAACCUUGAUCCCCGAGCGAGGUUUGAAAACACCGUUUUGGCUGGAACAGAGCGCCGCUGCAGCGAUUUGGCAGUGGCGCCUGUGUUUGAGUUGAUUUUCAGGAGUUUACAAUGUACAAGAUGGUGGGCACCCCAAACACAAUUUACAAACUCUGUAACAGUUAUACGUGAUCUGUGAUUUGCCUGUCUUCCCAUGUACACUGUUCCCACUCUAGAUCAGACCUAGGUGCAAGGAACUUCAGCAUCAUCAUGCACACUGUCGACCUGAACAGACAUGGUCCAGGGGACAGCUGCGUGGCCCAUUGCAGAAGGUCUUCUGCAAUGGGCCUAAAAGUUCUUUUCUUGGACUACUUCUCUUUCGAGUAAUAGUGGCACAGGCAUGUUUGUGUGAGAAAGAGAAUGAGGGAUUAAAGUUCCUUCUGCCCAUGUGCUAUAUAAGAGAAGACACACAGAUCGCUUAUAGCAUGGCAGAGUUUUAUCCAGAAUCCACAACCUUUGAACUCUGUCUCAUAGAAAUCUACCCUUAAAUUCAAUCUCACAGCACUUAUGUGAUUCAUCAGAAUAUGAUGGUAACAAGUCAGUCACUUCUGGAUGAUUGCAUAGCCCAGUGGUUGAAAGAAAUCUCACCUCAGCCAUGAAUUCAAUAGGUAGUUUCAAUCUCCAUGAUUUAGGGGUAAUAGUGAGCCACAUUUACAGGGAUGUUGUAAGGAUGUGCUAUGUAAAUGCUACUAUGCUAGAUAAGGGCUUUUUUUUUUUGGAUGAGACUGCACUCCCCCUUAGAGCAGAUUUGCUGCUUUGGGGGGCUUCUGGAUUCUGCUGUUAGUGGAUACUCAAAUAACAUUCAUUCCAUUUGACUCAUGCCCCAGUUGUAUUCCUUUGUGGGGGAAGAUUAUCUGGCUACUGUCACAUCCAAGUUUGAUUACUACAGUGCACUGAUGUGAGGUAACUUCAGAAGUGUUUGAAAAUUUCAGCUGAGCUAGAAUAAGGGAACUUCACUGUUAAUUAGAGUAUAAGACAUUGAUUGUAUAAUUCCAAUAUUGUAAGAUCUUCCUUCAUUUUGUUUCUGGGAACAAUUAAAGAAGCUGGGACUAUGGUACCUAAAAGAAUGUCUUCUCCCAUACAAUAUUUCAGCACUAAGACCUGCCUCUGAGGCCCUUCUCCAAAUGCAGCCCAGCUUCAGAAGUUAGCAAGGUGGCUGCUGGGAAGAGAUUUUCCACAUCAGUGGUUUUAGAGCUCUCUUCACAGAGAGAUUUGCCUUGGGCCAUCAUUACUGUCUUUUAGGUGCUGUCUUUUAGCAACUAAUACCUUUAAGACAACUUUGCUUCUGCUGCUUUUUAUAUGCUGCCUUUUCAUUGCUAAUGGGUUUUAUUUUUAUUGUUUGUAAAAGACAAUUUGUUCUGAAUGUUAUUCUUUCACUCCAUUUAAGAUUCAACAUGACUAUGUUUUGAGUGAAGUGGACUUUUAAAAAAUGAAAUAAAAUAAUUUAAAGGGCAA